AUGAACUCUGACUACAUCCUAUUUGAGCACAAUAAACCCAAAAUAAAAUCACUCUUCAACAAGCACAAGUCCUCAGACGGUAAAGUUUCGCUUUCGGAGUUCCAAAAACUCUGCAAAAAUCUCAGAAUAUUUCCAGUAUUUUCUAAUUAGGAUUUAAUAUCCCAAUCAGAACUUAGGACACUAGUUACGAAAACAGCAGGAACCACUUCGCUAUCUAAGGCUACAUUAAAUAUAAACCAAUUUGAAGAGAUUUUUACUAAAGUGGCAUCGACUCAUUUUGAAGAUGUAAACCCAAUGAGAGAAAGAAUCAGAAAAUUUUUUAUUCAUAUAUCUUAUACAAUUUAAAAAGAUUAAUACAUAAAUAUAAAUAAUUUAUAGACAAUUUUCUAUAGAGGAAAGCUGAAUUGAUUUUUUGAUAUUAAUAAGUAUCUAGUUUUGAGCAUAUCCUUGCAAAUCUGUAUAUAACUUAAAUAUAAUUUCGACAGACCAAACACAUACUCCAAGAGCAAGCACGUCAAAACUCAGCAGCGGAUCGUUAAUUAGCUCGAGGCAGGAUACUGAAGGUGAUAGCGGUUUGGAUCUCGAUCUAAAUAUAAAAGAAGCAUUGGAAACUCUGAAAAUGAAAGAUGAUUAUGAUAGACAUACUAGUACAUCUCCGAAACAAAGAGAAAUUUCGCCAAUUCCUAUGCUAAGGCCUAGAAUGUCAAGCACAAAUCCUACUCUUACUCUCUUAUUUAGAAACAAAUUAAUAUGGCAAAAAAAUCUAUAUGAAUGUUUUGUGAUUAAAUGGGGAGAAUUAGAGAUCAUAAAAAGGAUCAAGUUAAAGGAAAAAUUCCUAAAAUAGGAAGGAAAAAACCUAAAGUAAGCUUAUCAUUGUCCAGCACGAUGCCUAUUCCUACAAAUAAAUCUCCGUCAACCUAUAAAAUUGAUGAUAUGAGUAACAGAAUCUUGAAUGAAAAAGUUGAAUUAUCUGAAUUUUUGGAAACAGAAAGACUGGCCAAGCAUGAACCUCCACCCCUUCAAUCACAAACUAUCUAAUCUUUAUAAAAAGAAAUAUAGAGGUAUGCAGUAUUCGCUCAUAAUCUUUCUAGCACAAUUUUUAGUAUAGUUGCUAAUGUAUAAAAUAUUGUAUUUCUAAUCCCAGGUAUAUACAGAAUUUUUAUAUGGUAAAUGUUUUAUGCAAAUAAAUAAGAGAGAUAAUAAAGAUAUUCGCUGAAUUUUGUUUUCUUAUCUCAAUUUAAGCAUAAAUCUCGCCUAAUUCUACUUUAAAAUAGAUCGAAACAGAUAAAUCAAUUCAAGCAGAAUGUGUAUUAUAUACAUACAAAAUAUUCUAAAUUAAUACGUUUUAACAAAAUUAAUCUGUUUAUAUACUUAUUUUCAAUAUAAAACAUGAUAUAUCUUGUUUAAAUUUAAUACAAAAUAUAAUCCAAACUUGCCAAUCUUGUUAGUUUUUUCUAAUCUGUAUUAGAAUACCUAUAUAUUUAAUAUUAUUAUGACUAAAUAUGUGUUUUAAGGGGAGGUUUAUUUCUUGCCCAAAAGACAAGUAGAGAAUGAAGUUUUAAACGUAGUUGUAAGCUUAAAAGACUUAAGCAGCAGGAAAAAUAAAGACAGUAAAGACAGUGAAGAUUCAGAAAGCAGGCAAAAAACUAGAAAAGAAAAACGAUCAAUCACAAUAUGUUUGACUGAUGGCAAGUGCUCAACAAUUGAUGAUCUUGAUGCCAUAUUAAAAGAUGUAGAUAUCAUAAAAGCAGAAACUCCAAGCAACGUGGAAACCAUAAAUGGUAACUUCAACCCAUUUAAAAUCACUGAUUCUGACCCAAAAGAUGAAACCAAGCCAGACACCAUAGAGCCAAAAAUAGAAAAAAUUAUCCUUAUUGAUGAGACCAAAGAAGAAAAAAAAGAAUCAAAUGAGAGCAAUCCUCGCCCAAAAGAAGAAACAAAAGAAACGUUAAUGUCUACCAAAGAAGAAAGCAAAGAACCUAAUGAAAUUAAGAUAACUAUCAAAGAAGAGAUUAAAAAAGAAUCUAGGAUUCCUAGCAAAGAUAGCAAGUUGCCACAAAGAAGAGAAGUUAAGCCACUUACCAAAGAAGAAAUUAAAAAAGAGGUAAAAGCCGUUCAAAAUAAAGAAACUAAGCCAGCUCAAAAAGAUGAAGGCAAAAAGGAGAUUAAAGUAGUUGUGAGAGAAGAAAUUAAAAAAGAUUUAAAUGGAGAUAAUCAGAGAAGAUCACUUCCAAAGGAGCCUGAAAAGAAUGGAGAAUUGAAAAUAGAAAAUAAAGAAGUAGCUGAAGAGCUUAAAGAUAAAAAAGAAAUAAUAAUUACGCCUGAAGAAGUGGUACCAGAAAUAAAUAUUCAAAGCGAAACACUUAAGCAGCCUGAGACUGAAACUCAAAUAGAGGUAGGCACAGAGGUAGCAAAAUCUUCAAUUGAAAUCAUAAAAUCUUCUCCUCAAUUGUCAGCUGAUAUAAUUCCUAUCCAAAAAGCAAAAAUCAGAAGAGUUGUCAAAAAGCCAGCUGCAAGUCCUGCAGAAUCGGUGCCUAUGUCGACUGAAAUAUCUAUUUCUCAGCCAUCAAUUUUCCAAAUAAAAGAAGUCUUUGAUAAAUUCAAAACCCAGCAUCAAAAAGCAGAGUCCAUCAAAUCUCCUUCUAAGAUUUCCCAGUCAACAAUUGGGAAAUACCAAAACUAUCUUUUUUCAUCCAGGAAUAAUAUGUUUUCUAAUUCUCCGCCCAUCCUUGAUCGACUCUUUGCUAUCGCUCGACCAAAAAUAGGGGUUUCUAGAAAAAAAUUGUAUGAAAUUUUUAUUAUCUUGAUUAAAAAUUCUUUCCAUACAAAAUAUUAAUGCAUAGCCACAAGAGAAUAGUUCCAUAAUAUUAGCAAAUAUGCUAUAAAUUGCAUUUUAAUUAUGUAGAAGCUAUUAUAUAGCCUAUUUUCUAAAAUUAAUUACUAUCAAAGAUAGGUAUUAGAAGAAAUGGGAUGCCUGAAUAUAUGAAAUUGUUCAAUCAAAGAUCACAAUUUUCCGGAAAUUUUAUUAGUGUCAUUUAAUAGGGUGAAAUAAGUCCCUUGUGCUUGGGAUUUUAUUCCGAGCCUGGAAAAUUGAAGCCCAUAAAAAUCGAGUAAAACCUAAAAAGAAAUAA